AUGGAGACAGAACUGCCUCCCGAGUUCACAGCAAUGCCCCUCGGGGGAAACAGGAGCGUCCAGUUGGUGCCAGACUCAGCCCUGCUGCCCCCGGAGCAAGGCAUGGCCAUGUUCAUCGUCCGCUGUGUAAUCCCUUCACUUUACCUGCUCAUCAUCACUGUGGGCUUGCUGGGCAACAUCACUCUCAUGAAGAUCUUCAUCUCCAACAGCGCCAUGAGGAGUGUGCCCAACAUCUUCAUCUCCAGCCUUGCUGCCGGUGACCUACUGCUGUUAGUGACCUGUGUGCCUGUGGAUGCCUCCCGGUAUUUCUCUGAGGAGUGGCUCUUUGGGGAGGUGGGCUGCAAGCUCAUCCCUGCCAUCCAGCUCACCUCAGUUGGUGUGUCUGUCUUUACCCUCACUGCCCUCAGUGCUGACAGGUAUAAAGCAAUUGUAAAUCCCAUGGACAUCCAGACGUCCAGUGCAGUGCAAUGGACCUGUCUUAAAGCCAUGGCCAUCUGGGUAGUCUCCAUGCUCCUAGCAGUUCCUGAAGCAGUGUUCUCCGAGCUGGCCUACAUCAGUGAUGCAGAUAAUUCCACUUUCACAGCGUGCAUACCAUACCCCAUGACAGACGAUGUGCACCCGAAGAUCCAUUCUGUGCUGAUUUUCCUUGUGUAUUUCCUUAUCCCUCUUGUCAUCAUUAGUAUCUAUUACUAUCAUAUUGCAAAGAGUUUAAUAAAAAGUGCUCACAACAUCCCUGGAGAGUACAGUGAGCAUUGCAAAAGGCAGAUGGAAACUCGGAAACGCCUGGCAAAAAUUGUCCUAGUUUUUGUUGGCUUCUUUGCUAUCUGCUGGUUUCCUAACCACGUGCUAUACAUGUACCGAUCUUUUAAUUACAGUAAGAUUGAUCCCUCGAUGGGACAUAUGAUUGUUACUUUAGUAGCCCGAGUGCUAAGCUUCUGCAACUCCUGUGUCAACCCAUUUGCACUGUACUUUCUUAGUGAGAGUUUUAGAAGACAUUUCAACAACCAGCUUCACUGCAGGAGGAAAGUUCAGCGAGCGAGAUCUGCCAGCUACUUGCACAACUCUUCUGCCAUUCAAAUGGCUUCCCUGAAAAGUAAUACCAGGAACACGAUGACUAGCAUGACACAACUGAAUGGGCACAGCUUGAAACAAGAAGUGUCAUUAUGA